GAAAAUAACAUCGCAGGCAUUGAUAUAUCGGAAUCAUUGGUGUAUAUGAACUAAUUCCCAUAUCUAGCGGCAGCGGCGUUUUCGUUGAGUCAAAACAACAAAGUAUAGGCAACAAAAACGAACUAACGAACAAGGGAAAAGAAACGACGACGAAAAACGUAAAUUCACGCAUUUAUUAAUUUUCGCUGUACUGAUACGCAUAUGCGGCAAUCAGAGCACACAACAAUUGCUCAGGGAUUAUUAGUACAUUAUACUGUGUUCAAAAAACAUUGUGGUUUUAUAAACAACAGCAGCGAAACGCCGACACCGAGAUGAAAAUCACCGUCACCACCACCGAUGAUAAGCUCUUCUUUCUAGAUGUUGCCACAGAUUUGGAGCUAGAAAAUCUGAAGGCACUCUGCGCCAUGGAAGUUGGCGCUGAAGUUAGCCAAAUAAUGGUGCUUUUCAAUGGCCGCGAGCUGACCAACGACAAGCAAACGUUGCAGCAAUUUGGUGUGCGCGACGGUGACUGCAUUAUGCUGCAGCGCCGCAGAAACAAUGCCAAUCGUACAGUUUCCAACAAUCCGUCGAUUAGCCAUUUGGAUUUCAGCAGCAUUGCUGUGCCCGGGACCAGUGCAUUGGGUGGCAGUCCGCCCUCACACAGCGCUGGGGCAGCAGGGAACACGCUCAAUAUGCAGCAGCAAUUGCGCCAGCAUUUAGAGCGGCAGCAGCAGCAACAUCUUGGCGACGUGCCCAUGACAGAUGAUUUCAAUGUUAAUUUCGACGACGAUCCGGCGACAGUGCGUCAAAUGUUUCUAUCCAGUCCAGAGACGCUGGCCUUGCUCCGUCAAUAUAAUACGCGUCUAGCCGAGGCUCUGGACUCGGGAGACCAAGAGACAUUUGCGAGAGUGCUGCGCGAGCAUAUUGUUGAGCGCAAGCGUCGCAACGAGCAACGCAUGCGCAUGCUCAAUUCGGAUCCGUUCGACGAGGAGACACAGCGGCUGAUUGCCGAGGAGAUCAAGCAGAAAAAUAUCCAAGAUAAUAUGGCCGCCGCCAUCGAAUACAAUCCGGAAAUUUUCGGCACUGUGACAAUGCUGUACAUUAACUGCAAGGUGAAUGGCGUGCCGGUGAAAGCCUUCGUUGACUCUGGCGCACAGACAACAAUCAUGAGCGCGGACUGCGCGGAACGGUGUCAUGUGAAUCGUCUGAUCGAUACGCGCUGGAAUGGCGUUGCCAAGGGCGUGGGCACACAGCCCAUUCUGGGUCGCAUUCAUAUGGUGCAGCUGCAGAUUGAGAAUGAUCAUUUGACGUCCAGUUUUACGGUGUUGGGCCAACAGCCUAUGGACAUGCUAUUGGGCCUGGACAUGCUCAAGCGCCACCAGUGCCUUAUCGACUUGCAACGCAACCUUUUGAUCAUUGGCACCACGGGCACAAGCACCCCUUUCUUGCCCGAAAGCGAGCUGCCCGCAUGCGCCCGCUUGACUGGUAACGCGGAGGAAAGCGAGCAGCAGGCCAUCGCCAAGGCCAUUGAGCAGAGCAAGCGUGAGGGGGGCGGCGCCAGUGCCAUUGCUUCUACUGCCACAACCAGCGCCAGCACCAGUGCCAGUGCCAGUGCCAGCGGCAGCGGCGCCACUUUUGAUAUAAGCAAUAUUAACUCAAUACAACCAUUGGAUAGCUUUACGGAACAGGAUGUUAGCGAAUUGAUGCAAUUGGGGUAUCCGCGCUGCGAUGUGCUCACCGUGCUGCGUCUGUGCAAUGGCAACAAGGCCGUUGCCAGCUCAAUGCUGCUCAGCCGCAAUGCAGCCGCUGGCGGUGGUGGUCUUAGCUGAACGUUGCCUGCAUGGCAACAGCAACUGCUCCUAUUUUACUGCUCUGGGAUCAAUCAAAG